AUGUCAGUCGGCGGCCCUUGCCUUUGGUUGCCUUCAUUAUCUUCGCCAGUUCCUUCUCCCCUAUCUGCAGUAUCAUCUCACCUGUCAGUCCGAAACAGUGAGAGACUCUCUUUAGGGCCCAGGACUAUCUCACCACGGCUAUCUGUGCAGAAGAAAGAGGAACCUGGCGUUCCUGUUCCUGUGCACGCCCCCGCUCUUCCUGUGGAGAUGCAGCCGACUGGUUAUAAGGCUGAGAACGCCUUGAAUAACCCGGUGGCACAGCCCGUCAGCAUGGGUUCAGCGCCGUACUUGGAGAGAGAUGUUUCACGAGAUACGGUCAACCACCGGCUGGAGGCGGCGAAACAGGAUAUGCUUCCACGUGUUAAGUUGGAAAUCCCGAGUCUGAAUCAGCGGAGCUUUUCAACCGUCCAGCCCCUGGUCGGACAUGGUGGUCAUCCUGGGGAGACGGGUGUUUCAUCGUUUUCUGGCCAUGACCCGGGAGACGACCACGAGAGAGAAUCGACGAUCAGUCCUGAUGAUGAUAAGGAUAUGAUGGGUAGUGAUGACAAUAGAUCGCCUUCGAUGGAGAAAAAGAAGAUGAAGCGUUUUCGUUUAACACAUAACCAAACCCGCUUUCUGAUGAGCGAGUUCACUCGCCAGGCACAUCCCGAUGCGGCUCAUCGAGAACGUCUGUCAAGGGAAAUCCCUGGGUUGACCCCGCGUCAAGUGCAAGUCUGGUUCCAAAAUAGACGAGCAAAGCUCAAGCGUCUCACUACGAAUGAUCGGGAGAGAAUGCUCAAAUCUCGGGCACUUCCUGACGAUUUCGAUACUACGAAAGUUCUCCGCACGCCCUUUGAGGGCAAACAAUCAGGUGUCACUCCAGUGGCCUCUCCACAAGGCUAUGGGGUCCCAAAUCCAGAUUUCGGGGCUUUGAGAACACUGCGUACCGAUUGCUACGCCCGACCAAAUGAAGACGAGUACCUCGUCUCGCCUCUCAGCUCUGCAUCGACAGCAGGAACCUACAUGUCCUCGACUGGACGAAAUGACAGCCUGUCUCAGUCAAACAUGAUGUUCCGUCCUGCUGCGUCUGCCUCCAUGUCCGAUUUACAUAGAACCAUCCGCAACGAUUACCCAGUCACUAGAUCAAGCAGCUUGUCCGAUGCAUCGGCCCAUCCGUCGCCAUAUGCGGGGUAUCCUAUGCAAAAUCGCUUCGCGGGGCCCCAGCCAAGUCAGCCAGGUCUACCAUAUAUGAGACGACCCAUGGAAUACGCUAUGCCUCGUCAUCCAGGUGUGGGACCCUAUGACCAACAUCAAUCGUUCGAGGGCUCGGUGUCGCCGACAGACACUCAAGGUUCACAUAUUACCUACGAUAUGAACACCCUAGGCGCCCAACAACAAAGCUACAAUCUUGGAAUGGGCUCUCAAUUACCAACUCAAGGCCGACCCAUGGCCACCAUGCAGAACCUGCCAGUUUCAGCAGCCCAAGAUUAUCGGCCCUAUUCCUACGACGCCACCGCAGGCCCAAUGGGCACACCCAUUCCCUACACACAAGCAAACACCUCGACUCUGAGUCUCCCAACUUCGGAGCCAUCUUACAACUACCCCAACUAUAUUCAGCAGUGA